UUUGACUAUCCCUCAGUGGCCAAAGCUUUCACUAAACAGGUGUGUCUGAUCUUGAUGGAAACAUCUAUCUAUGGGAAACUCAGCAUUCCCAGUCGUCCGCAUCUCUCAAAGACUCCUUGGCAACUACUUGGCCUGGUGCCCUGGUCUAUAUGCUGCACUUGAUGACUUACCACUCUGUUUCAUAGGUCACACGGUAAAAAAAGAAGUAAGUAAAAAUAUAAUGAUGGGUAAGUAAGAAACUACUAUCUUCUUUUUUUUUGGUUAAUAACUACUAUCUAUUUGGGACUUUCAUUAGUGAUUCUGACAGCGAAAAUAAAUAGUAAUUAGAGAUUCACUUAAGUGUAAUUUCCUUAAUAAUCACUACUGGCUUAAAUUUACUAAACCAACACCAAAAAGUAAAAACAGUCAAAAGACUCCAAACCACUGCACCUCUCUCUCUCUCUCUCUCUCUCUCUCUCUCUCUCUCUCAAACACAUUGAAAAUUUGAAUAGACUAACAGAGGGAGAGACACUAUUCAAACCCCAAAUUAAUAUUCCCCAACUGCACACUAACCCUCAGAGCCGGAAAUCACGUGGUUUAGGUGGACCUAAACUCGCAUGCAUUUUCCAGUUCUUGUUCACUCACUGAGUCACUUCUUCACCGAGUCAAAAACAAUGUGGCCGGCUCUCUUCGCCGCCGCGGUGGCCGCCUCCACCGCACUCCUCGCUAAAAACCACCUCUCCUCCAUGUCCGCCGCCGGGAUCACCGACUCUGAUCCCCGAAACGACGCCGUCUCGGAGGUCGCGACGCCGCAGCGCUCUGUUUCUCGAUCGCCGACGCUGCUGUGGGACAGCGACUGCGAGGAUCAGUUCAAGGACGGGAUCUUUAGGUUUUCGAGCGACGGCGAUGGGAGUAGCGAGAAAAAGAAGAAGACGAGGUCGCGAUUGUUGCUCAAGAAGAAGAAGAAAGAGGCGGCGGCGGUGGAGGAGGAGCUGAAGAAGAAGAAGAAGAGUGGGAAGAGAGUUGGUGUUUGCUUGAAGAAGAAGAGGAAGACGAAUGUGGCUUCCAAAUGUGGAUCGUCUUCCAAUUCCAAAGAUACUGCCUCAUUGUUUAGCUGGGGACUUAACAUUGGGAUCAUGUACAUGAUGACUGCUGGAAAAGAUGAAAUCAAUAAGCUUAACACGACCAUGGAUGAGACUGCAAAAGUUGUGCAAGAGUUAAAAUCCGAGCUAAAUAAAAGAAAAGCAUCACAAAGUCAACAAGUCUCUUGCUCUGAAAGUGAAGCCAAUACACAAUAUCAGAGCCCUAGUUGCAAGCGUGCUCCAACAGAACUCAAGAAGCUAAAUGCGGACAACAGUGAACCUAAUUAUAUGAGAGCUUCCAGCUUCCAAAUAUCUGAUGAUAUCGAAUGCCCAAGUAGUGUUCUUACAGAAGAGCAGGAGCCGGAGCCAGAGCCAGAGGUUAUGGACAUGGAUCAAUUGGAAGCAGAACUUGAAUCUGAAUUGCAAAAGCUUCCUUGGUGCUCUACAGAAAUUCUUCAUCAAGGGGGAUUCAGAAAUCCAGGAAAGGAUAUUGUCUCUGAAGUUUCAGCGCAAAGGUUUCAUGGACAAGCAGCACAGGGUAUUAAUGUUGAGCAAUUUCAAGGAGUAUUACCAGCUGAACUAGACCAGAAAUUAUGCCAUGUGCUCAUUGAACAGCAGGAAGGCCAUAUUGUGGAGUUGGAAUCUGAACUGCAGUCUGCCCAAUCAAAACUCCAAGAAAAAGAAUCUGAACUUCAAGCAUUGAAGGACUGCGUUAAACGCCUGACUCAGAUAUCUCUUUCAACUGUCUCAGAUGAUGAAAAUGAGGUUCACAAUGAACAAGAGCAGACCACUCAUUGUCAUCACGACAUGGAAGGAUCUGAGUCAAUAAAACCACUUGUUGGGAUGAAAAGACCCAUCGAUUAUGAAGCCUGAUGAUACAGCCAAGGGUUUAGGAUUAUGAAGCCUGUUGCUAGAAUAUUAUAUAUAGAUAGGAUGUUAGCAGGCAAUUUAAAUCUCAUGGGUUGGCUAUGAAAUCAUAGCUAGCCUACAUUACCUGUGUACAGACGUGCAAAUUUCCCAUGUAAACAAAACAAGGAGAUUGCCUUUCUUGCAUUCUGCCCAUGUAAUAUUAAAUCUUCUAGUCCAUAUUCU